AUGUUUUCAUCCUAUGGCCCCCUCUUUGCCCCCCCCUCUGUAACUGCUCUGCAAAAGCCCUGCAGGCCCCCUCUCGACCACCUGUCUGCCAACUGGCCUGCAGCCCCCCCUGUGGGCCCUCCUGUGCAACUGCUCUGCCAACUGCUCUGCCAACUGGCCUGCAGACCCCCUCUCGCCCACCCGUCUUCCAAAAGGCCUGCAGGCCCCACUCUGGGCCCUCCUGUGCAACUGCUCUGCCAACUGCUCUGCCAACUAAGCCUGCAGGCCUCCCUCUGCGCCCUCUUCUGUAACUGCUCUGCUAACUGCUCUACAAAAAGGCCUGCAGGCCCACCUCUCGCCCACCUGUCUGCCAACUGGCCUGCAGGCCCACUCUCGCCCACCUGUCUUCCAAAAGGCCUGCAGGCCCCACUCUGGGCCCUCCUCUGCAACUGCUCUGCCAACUGCUCUGCCAACUGGCCUGCAGGCCUCCCUCUGCGCCCCCUCUGGCCCACCUCUCUGCAACUGCUCGAUAAAAAGGCCUGCAGCCCCCCCUCUGGGCCCUCCUCUCUGCAAAAGGCCUGCAAGCCCCCCCCUCUGGCCCACCUCUCUGCAAAAAGGCCUGCAGGGCCCCCUCUUUGCCCCCCCUCUGUAACUGCUCUGCAAAAGGCCUACAGGCCCCCUCUCGACCACCUGUCUGCCAACUGGCCUGCAGCCCCCCCUCUGGGCCCUCCUUUGCAACUGCUUUGCAAAAAGGCCUGCAGCCCCCCCUCUGGGCCCUCCUGUGCAACUGCUCUGCCAACUGCUCUGCCAACUGGCCUGCAGGCCCACUCUCGCCCACCUGUCUGCCAACUGGCCUCCAGGCCCUCCUCUGGGUCCUCCUCUGCAACUGCUCUGCAAAAGGGCCUGCAGGCCCUCCUCUGGGCCACCUCGUUACCACCUGCCCUGCAGGCCCCCCUCUGGGCCCCCUCUGCAAAAGCCCCUCUGUAA